CCUACCAGCAGAAUCCUAGGUCAGGAAGAGAUGGCAGAGUCCUGGCCAUAUAGCUGGGGCAGUAGUGGUGAGAAAGGGCCUGCCUGGCAAAUAAACAGGGAAAAAGAGGAGAAGAAAGAAGAGAAAGAAGAAAAAUAUAUAGUAAAAGAGGAAAAAUGGGGAGAAGUAGAGGAAUUAGAAAAGGAUGAAGAGGAAGAGGACCCCUGCCUUACUUUGGAGAUUCUAGAUGUGUUCAAGAGGCUUAUGGACAUAAAAUGUCCCUUCCUUGAGGGUCUUUAUAUCACUGAACUGAAAACAAUCAAACAGCUAUUGUGCAGCCCUUCAAUUUACCGACUGACUAUUCUGGAAUGGUUGUUUGGAAGACUGUACCCUCCUUUUGAAGAAUUAUUUUCCCCUUUUCAGGAUUCCCGAACUGAAGAGAAAAUCCUAGAGCUGGCCAGAAUCGGUCACGAACUGAUGUUGUGUGGACCAGAUGACCAGAAUCUCAUCAAAGGUUAUGGCAAUGUGAAAAGACAGCUCUGUUUCUUUAAACAGUUGCUGGAUCUGGUCAGAAGUCUGGGUUCUGGACAUGCAAACUUUUCAAGUGAAAAGAAUUGCCACGACUUAGUGAAGGAAAAUGAGAAGCUGCUACAGAAGGUAUUCAGUUCAGAUCUCCAGGAGCUCCUGGACCCCAAGCUGAGCCCUUUGCCACUAGACAUUGAAUGCCACUUGAAGACAGAAGAAAAUCUGACGUCCAGGGAGAACAAGGUGAAAAAACUUUCUAAGAAACUGAAUAAGCUCACUGAAAUGCUUGGGGAGCUCAAACAAUUUCCAGCCUUCCAAAGGAAAAUGUCUAGCAAAGGCAGCAGCAGCGUGGGCCAGACCUUCCGUCUGAUCCUCUCAGAUUUCCACCUGCUGAUCACUGCCUUCAGCUAUGUCUAUGAAACUGAAUGGAGGAAACUUAAGUCCUCGGUAGUUAACAUCAACCAUUGUGGCCUAUUAUUUCAGUCUGUGUGCGAGAUGCUGACUCUCUACAGUCAAGAGCUGAAGGCUAUUAGAGAAGUCGUCAAUACCUCCAAGAAUGUAGAAGAAAUAAUAGGAGGACAGAAACAAGAGCAAGUCUGUUUGCGUAGGGAUGACUACAUGAUGAUUUUGGCCUCGAGAAUGGAAGAACUGAGACGAAAACACAAGUUCUUCAAAGAUCUUCUCUAGAAACCUCAUGAAAGUAAAAGUGGAAGCUGAGGGACCAUUCCACCAGUCCUUAGGGAUCAACAACCAUCUCUGGUUAGGAGAAGAGAGUUCACUGAAGCCUUUGGAGAUACAGGUUUUCUAAGGUGAUGGAAGAUAAAGUGUGGCUGACCAAAACUGUUCUCAAAAGAAUGAGGGCUAGUUUGAGGAAGUUUUAAUAAGCUUCUUUCCUUACUGAUGACAAAAAAUAAUUUAACAUUG